UCCUAAACCACAGGCACUUUCUGGUUGCCUUCAGCUAAGUGGAAACUUUGAAAGGUCUGUAGUUGUUGAAACAAGCUGAAAUUCUUCCAGGUUUGUGUCGGAGGACACUUAAGAACUUGGAUUUGGUUUCACGGGAUGGUUGUACAUGAAAUAAAGAUCAAGUGCUCAGGAGGUUAAAUUUCAGGAAAGCCCUCUUGGAUGCAAGAUAAAGGCGGGGUAUAAAGUGAAAACAAAAGUAGCCCCAGUUAGCAAGGUCAUUUGAUUUCACUCCGCACUGCACUCAAGACUGCUGCUCUCUUUCUGCACACAGAAACAGAUUGCAGCCAUGGCUUUGGAGCACAAUGAAUCGACAGAUUACUAUUAUGAGGAAAGUGAAAUAAAUGGCACUCAUGACUACAGUCAGUAUGAAGUGGUCUGUGUAAAAGAGGAGGUCAGAAAUUUUGCAAAGGUUUUCCUGCCUGCCUUCUUCACAAUAGCUUUCAUCAUUGGAGUUGCAGGCAACUCCACAGUAGUGGCGAUUUAUGCCUAUUACAAGAAGCAGAGGACCAAAACAGAUGUGUACAUCCUGAAUUUGGCAGUGGCAGAUUUACUCCUCCUAUUCACUCUGCCUUUUUGGGCAGUUAAUGCAGUUCAUGGGUGGGUUUUAGGGAUAAUCAUGUGCAAGGUCACUUCGGCCUUGUACACAGUCAACUUUGUCUCUGGAAUGCAGUUUUUGGCUUGUAUCAGCCUAGACAGAUGUUGGGCAGUAACUAAAGCCCCGAGUCACUCAGGAGUGGGCAAACCAUGCUGGCUCAUCUGUGUCUGUGUCUGGAUGGCUGCCAUCUUGCUGAGCAUACCUCAGCUGGUUUUUUAUACUGUAAAUCACAAGGCUAGGUGCGUUCCCAUCUUUCCAUACCACCUAAAAACAUCCCUGAAAGCAUGGAUUCAAAUGCUGGAAAUCUGCAUCGGAUUUGUGAUACCCUUUCUUAUCAUGGGAGUGUGCUACUUUAUCACGGCAAGGACACUCAUCAAGAUGCCGAACAUUAAAAAAUCUCGACCCCUCAGAGUUCUGCUCGCAGUGGUUAUAGUUUUCAUUGCCACUCAGCUGCCUUAUAACAUUGUCAAGUUCUGCCAGGCCAUAGACAUCAUCUACUCCCUGAUCACCAACUGCGACAUGAGCAAACGCAUGGAUGUCGCCAUCCAGAUCACAGAGAGCAUCGCCCUCUUUCACAGCUGCCUCAACCCAGUCCUGUACGUUUUCAUGGGAUCCUCUUUUAAAAACUACGUCAUGAAAGUGGCCAAGAAAUAUGGGACCUGGAGAAGACAAAGACAAAAUGUGGAGGAGGUUCCUUUUGAUUCUGAAGUCCCUACAGAGCCAACCAGUACAUUCAGCAUUUAAAUGUAAAACUGCUCUGUGUCUUGCUUCGAUACAGAUGAGUGAUGCUUUGCCCUCAGCUAAAACAUCUGCAUUAUUCUGAAAUUCAAAUCUCAAGACACUGUGGUGGGAACUUAUUACCAAGAAGAGGUUGGGGUGAAGAAGGGGGGAGGGUAGAAACCAAGAAGAGGAAACAUAAUAAUCAAUGCAUAAAACAAGAAAAUUAAAAUGAACAAUAUUGGAAAAUAGUAAUAACAGGCAUAAGUAAUAAAAACAUUUUGCUAUGUUAGACCAUCUAAAACAUUAAUAAAGAGGCUUAUAUUAAGGGGCAUUUAUAAUUAUUUUAAAUCAUAUAAGAAUGAUUUCCCUGCAUAACUUUAAUACUUACAGCAAAAUAUAUAUAAUCUAUCCCUCUUUUCCUCUUUCUUAAUUUGUAAGUGAUUUCAUAAUAACCAUCAACAACAACAAAAAAUACUUAAAAAGCAUUUCUGGCCCUUUUAAUACAUUCUUGGUAAGUUUCUAAACACAUAAUUUGCUUCCAUAUGUCACCUUUCUUUAGUAAUAAACUGGUUAUCCCGUUAGACCUACGUUAGAUUUAUCAUGUAUACAUUAGAAGUGAUCCUCAGACAAUCAUACCUGAUUAUUAUAAUCAGUUAUUUUUAUAACUUUUUAAAGGGUUCAUCCAUUUAUGUGAGUCUAUUACUGAGAGUUGAUUAACAAUGUAUUUUUCUAUGUGUAAAGAUUCUUAUUUUUUACUUAAACACUUGCAUUUUUAAGCAAUGAAAAAUAUGUACCACAAUAAAUUAUUUUUAAUAAUGUA